CUCCGUCUCUUCCCUGAUGAUGGAGCCGCUGGAAGACGCCGCUCUCUGCUUCCCACAGUUUAACACUUCUUGCAGGAAGUGGUCUCGUCCUCAGACGGAGGCCUUGCUCAUCUUCAGUCUGCAGUCGGCCGUCGCUCUCCUCACAGGGGUCCUCAACCUGCUGGUCAUCGUCUCCGUCUCCCACUUCAGGCAGCUCCACACCUCCACCAACCUGCUGGUCCUGUCUCUGGCCGUGGCAGACUUCCUCGUGGGUUCGCUGCAGAUGCCGAUAGAGAUCAUCCUCAGCCAGGGCUGCUGGCUCCUCAGCGACUUCCUGUGUUCAGUGAACUUCUUCCUAAGUUACUUCCUAGUCAGCGUCUCCGUGGGGAACCUGGUUCUGAUAUCCGUGGACCGCUACGUGGCCGUUUGUGAGCCCAUGUUCUACUCCACCAAAGUGACUGUGGGCCGAGUCCAGCUCUGCGUGUGUCUGUGCUGGCUGUUUUCUGCCGUUCACAGCAGCUGGAUACUCAGAGACUUCAUUCAGCAACAGCACAGUUAUGAUUUCUGCUACGGAGAGCAGAUCGUCACCAUCACGUACGCUCAGGUGGCCGUGGACUUCAUGGUGACCUUUCUGGGCCCCUUCGUGGUCAUCUCGUGUCUGUACGUCAGGGUGUUUGUGGUGGCCGUGUCUCAGGCUCGCGCCGUGCGCUCUCAUCUUGCAGCUCUGCGCCGUUCAGAGGCCGUGAAGCCUAAGAAGUCGGAGCUGAAGGCGGCCCGGACGCUCGGCGUCGUGGUGCUCGUCUUCCUCUUGUGCUCAGCUCCAUAUUACUUCUCGUCUGUUUCCGCUGAAAAGAGUUCGACAGAGGCCACGUCCACUGUCAUUUGGCUGUUGUAUAGUAACUCCUGUCUGAAUCCUGUGAUAUACACAUUUUUUUACUCCUGGUUCAGAAAAGCCAUUAAACACAUUUUUACUCUUCAGAUUCUGCAGUCAGAGUCUCGUGAGGCCAAGUUACUGUAGAGCAACACUGUCAGGGAGGGAGUGAAACAGAUGA